GAUAUGGCGGCUCCUUCCAGCAUCCAAACGCUGAUGCCUGCUGCUGAUGCAGGCGCCGGAUCAGGGAGACAAAUAGAGAAACAGCCCUGGACGUUGCAGCCUGCAGAUGGCGCAGGUGAUGGUGGACCAGAGGAGCCACCGCAUGUCCUGGACUUGGCAGGCUUCCACCCGCUGAACCCUACGACGUCGCAGCCUGCAGAUGGUGCAGGUGUUGGUGGAUCAGAGGAGCCACCGCAUGCCCUGGACGUGGCACGCUUCCGCCGGCUGAACUCGCUCAUCCACUGUGAGAACGUGGCCGUGGACAAACUCCUGCAUCUAGUGAGGCAGGAUUACCACGUGAACCUCAUGCUCGACCCCUUGCUCAGCUUUGUCAUCGCCUACAAGAAGCCCAAGCUCAUCAACAAAGUAUCAGAUGCCAUGCUCACGGCCACCAACUACGACGGCGCCACAGCGCUUCACGUAGCUGCCGCCAUGGACGACAAAGAAGUGGCCUUGAAGCUGAUCGGCAGGGUGCCAGAUCUCGUUCAUAUGCCGAACGUGAAACAGGAGAUACCGCUACAUAAGGCGGCCCUGUACGGGCUGCAGGACAUGUUCUGGCUGCUGGUGGAAAAGAACAGCUCACCGGAAGCCCGGAGGGAGGACGGCGCCACCAUGCUGCACUGUGCCAUCAUGGGCAACGCGCCGGGUGAGUGAGUCGAUGCGGGGCUUGCACUGGAGAUUGCAGAGCGUUUUCCAUUGCUGAUCACAUCUCGGAAUACUACGGCGGUGACCCCGUUGCAGCUGAUGGUGA